AUGGCACAAGUACAUGAUACUAAACAGAGAGUGGAAGUAAAUGAAACAUGGCAAAAACAUAAAUUUGAAAAAUCUCGCGAUCAACAUGAAUAUAAUGCCUUGCGCAAAAUUGGAAAGGAAUUGGAUCUAGCAAUGGAAUCAAGAAGCACAACCGAGGUGGUCGAUUACAUCAAUAAUGCACGAGAACUUGCAGCCAGCCGUAUGUUCACAUUGAGAGUAACAGAGGGAUAUGGCUGGGAUAUUGCAUCAGCUUUACCUGAUACACAAGAUGAUUGGAUGAAAGGAAAGGAUUCAUUAAUCGAAAAAGUCAAAACUCUUGUAGAAGUAAAAAUAGCGAAACGACAGAAAAUAUAUGAAUCAUCAAAAACAAAUAAUGUUGUGUACAGAGAAAAUAAAUAUUAUAACUCCAAUAAAUUUUUUCGUUCCAACUAUAGAAAUAAAAACAAAAGCUCAAACUCCAGUAAGUGCUAUAUCUGUGAGGGAUAUGGACAUUACACAAAUGAAUGUCCAUAA